AUGGUUGGAGAAGGAAGAAAACUAAAGGCAGUGAUUGCUGGAGGUAGCAUAGCUGGGAUAUCAACUGCACAUGCCCUUAUCUUAGCUGGUUGGGAUAACCAAGCAACUGAUAGCGAGAAGAAGGUUACUAUGACAUUGGCAAGAGAUGAAAGUUUAAACUUCAGAGCAGCACAUUGGGCUGAUCUUCAUGGUGUUCUCUAUGAUGCAUUGCCAAAACAAGGUUCUGUCAUAAUAAAGGCUAAAGUUCUUCAAACUGGAGAGAUCAUUGAGAUUGUAGGAGAUUUGCUUGUUGCAGCAGAUGGUUGUCUCUCUUCCAUUCGCCAAAAAUAUCUCCCUGAGUUUAAACUAAGAUAUUCAGGCUAUUGUGCUUGGAGAGGGGUUCUUGAUUUUUCAGAAAUUGAGAAUUCAGAAACCAUCAUAGGUAUUAAGAAAGCAUAUCCUGAUUUAGGAAAAUGUUUGUACUUUGACUUGGCCUCAGGUACACAUAGUGUGUUAUAUGAGCUUCUGAAUAAAAAGCUCAAUUGGCUUUGGUAUGUGAAUCAGCCAGAGCCUGAAGUGAAGGGAACAUCAGUGACAACGAAAGUAACUGGUGACAUGAUCCAAAAAAUGCACCAAGAAGCAGAAAAAGUAUGGAUUCCUGAGUUAGCAAAGGUCAUGAAAGAAACAAAGGAACCAUUCUUAAAUUUCAUAUAUGAUAGUGAUCCCUUGGAGAAGAUUUUCUAUGACAAUGUAGUAUUUGUAGGGGAUGCAGCUCACCCUACUACACCUCACUGCCCUAGAAGCACAAACAUGGUGAUAUUAGAUGCAUCCGUGUUAGGCAAAUGCAUAGAGAAAUGGGGAGCAGAAAAGCUUGAAUCAGCUUUGGAAGAGUAUCAGUUCAUUAGGCUACCGGUUACUUCCAAGCAAGUUCUUGAGGCGAGGCGUCUUGGUCGCGUCAAACAAGAACUUGUGCUCCCUGAUAGAGAUCCUUUUGAUCCCAAGUCUGCAAGGGAAGAGGAUUGUCAGGAGCUUCUACAAAGGAACACGCCUUUUUUCAAUAUUUGA